GAUGUUCCUCGCCAUCACGAGCACAUAUUUGUGGCGGCGUCUUUGAAACAAUCUGCCCCAGGUUUAAUAUUCAGUGCUCGGACCUUUUUUUUUUUUUUUUAAUAUGACAGGAAGUGAGUAGUUGAGCCAAGAUGGAGGCUGUAAAACUGGCAUGGGAAUUAGAGCUUGGUACCACAGUCGGGUGGUAAAAUAUUAAAUAGUUUGCAGUUUAUGUGAUUAAAAGUCCUUUCCUGGUUUGUAGGGCAGACUUUUGCGUUCGGUUCCACGCAUCAUGUUGACUGACUGUUUGCCAGCUUCAGCGUCGCCCCCCGAGGAUCCUGUCAGAGAUUUGUUCCAUUAUCCUAUAAAAACCAGACCCGUAGCGCUCAGCGCCGUGAGGGAUUCACCUGCUCAGCAAGAGUUAAGGAUGACGGAGGAGAAACAGGAAGUGACUCUGCUCCUCACAGAGUCGGAAAUCAGGGCGCUUUCUCCUUUGGAAGCUCAGGAGCUCAACGGCGCCAUGGGGGUCAUUUUGCCGACUCGGACAAUCUCAGCACAUGUAAAACUCUCAGACGUCCACUUGAACGAGCGGCCUCAGCUGCUGCUCUUCAGGGAGGAGACAACGCUGAAGGAUGCUUACAAGAUCCUACUUUACCUUCUUGAGUCGGCUCAUCCUCAGCCUCAACCCAGAAGAUCCUCCUUCGCUCGCCCGAGCAAGCAGAGCUCCCUCUUGAUGGCUCUGAGGAGUGGGAUAGAAACGGGGGAAGUGGUUCUCAAACUCCAACCGAACCUGAAGGCUUCACCGGACACUCCUUCCUUGGAGACAUCUGACUCUGCAUCCGAAAAGACUCCAUCAGGACAAAAUGUCUGCCACAGCACCUACAAGAGACUAGACAGCUUGGAGGAGACUAUUCGGGAACUGGAGAACACCUUAAUAGAGAUCAGCGGAGGUUCCUGUGCUGAGGAACUCUACUCCACGAUCCCACCUUCACCCGCCAGCAGGAAGCCGCCGGUCCCGCCCAAGCCGACAUCCAGCCAGGUUCAUUUCUCACGACUCGCCUCCCAUUCUUUCUUCAUUUCUUCUCUGAGGGCCCCCCCCCCCGGUGAGCUUUCUGAUGUCUGCUCCCCCUCAUUGGCACAUGGAAAAAAAGGGGGCGGGACAGACACCAGACAUGUCUGCGCUGUGAUUGGUUGUUUGCUUUCUGCCUGUACAUCUUCACAUUUCCACACUUUUUACCGACAAUAAAAAAAGCCGUGUAUUUUUUUUUAUUGUCUUUUCUUACGCUUUCUCUUUGUCACAACUCUUGGCAUCUCUCUUUUGACUCU